CUUGUUCACGAAGUAGAAGACCCGGUCAGACAGCCCCAGCUUGAUAAAUCAACCAACGCACCAUGGAAAACCACACCACAGACUCAGGCAACUGGGAACAGACAACAGGAUAUGACUACGGUGAUGCAGCACCGUGUGAGGGAACAGAGGAAAAGCACUUAGCAGAGAAGCUUUUGCCACCGCUCUAUUCUUUGGUGGUGAUUUUUGGCCUCACAGGCAACAUGCUUGUUGUCCUUGUCCUGGUAAAAUACAAGAGAUUGAGGAGCAUGACUGACAUCUACCUGCUCAAUUUGGCAAUUUCCGAUUUGCUCUUUGUAUUUUCUCUCCCUUUCUGGGCUUAUUAUGCUGUCCACGACUGGAUUUUUGGAGAGGCGCUGUGCAGGAUUCUCUCCGGUGUCUACCUCCUUGGCUUCUACAGUGGGAUCUUCUUCAUAAUCCUGUUGACCCUAGACAGGUAUUUGGCCAUAGUGCACGCAGUGUUUGCUUUGAAAGCCAGGACAGUUACCUACGGCAUCCUCACCAGCGUGGUCACUUGGGCUGUUGCAGCGUUUGCUUCCGUUCCUGGCAUGGUAUUCCACACAACUCAGAAGGAAAACGCACAUUACACCUGCAGUCCUCAUUAUCCAAGUGGUACCGCAAUCAACUGGAAGUACUCCUAUACUUUAAAGAUGAACAUCCUGGGUCUUAUUGUUCCAAUGGCUAUCAUGAUUUUCAGUUACUCACAGAUUCUAAAAACAUUACUGAGGUGUAAGAAUGAGAAGAAACAGAAGGCAGUCAGGCUUAUUUUUGUGAUCAUGAUCUUUUACUUCAUCUUCUGGACACCGUUCCACAUUUCAACUUUUCUGCACACAUUUCAAUACGUACUUUUUGUCACAAGUUGUGAAUUCGAGGCUCAGCUGCACAAAGCAAUUCAAGUGACUGAAACGCUCUCCAUGGUCCACUGUUGUAUCAACCCUGUGAUCUACGCGUUCGCUGGAGAAAAGUUUAGGAAGUAUCUCCGUGUCUUCUUCCAAAAGCACGUUGCUGCCCACCUCUGUAGGAAAUGCCCAGCUCUUUAUCAUGAGAACCUAGAAAGAGUAACUUCCAUAGCCACACCAUCCACUGCAGAGCGUGACAUCUCUACUGGACUGUAAAGAUACCCCAAGGCAAUAGUUAGUUGCAUCACUUGCUUUGCCUUAGGGACCGCCUGAUGCUAUUGAAGGUCUUUCUGCCAACCACUACUGAAUGAGCCUCAGUUCUUGUGGUUAACUGUUCCUGGGGGUUUUAUAUAUAGCAUUUUCCAUUCUUAAACUAAGCGAAUCAUGGAGUUCUCCAGAGCAUCAAGAUUUGGGUGGGACCUAAACCAGUAUGAUUCUGUUUCUUCACCCAAAUUCUGUCCAAUGAACCAAUGCUAGUGAGAUUGACCUGGGGACAAUACAGUAUUGAAGAGACUGAGUACUAUAUCAUCUCACAAGAGCCAUUUACUGGUGUGUGAACACCAUAAAAUGAACGCUGGGAUGAAGCUUUGAGGAUAGAUGUACCUGUUUAGCAUUCAGCAUUAAUGGAGUAACGUUUGGAAGUGGCUGUAUUCUUUCUGCAACAUGGUCACAGGCAUUUGAUAGGGGGAGGCUUUAAGUUUUCUUCAUGUCCAGCCCCUUAUUUCCCCUACAUGAAUAAAAGAUGUUUCCAUGAAAAGGAAUUUGAGGAUGAAUAUGAGAUAGAUCAAUGUGAUAUCUCUCCUCUGAUGGGAGAGUUGAAACACCUUUAUCUCACAGGGCCAUUUAACCCAGGGGUUUAGCUGUUAGCUAAUAGUGUAGUCAUUUUUCAACAUAAUCCUUUGGACUAUAGGCUAAGUUAUAGUCUUUUUGUUGUAGUUCUUUAAUGUUAUGCCUGCCAUAUCUCUGUUCAGGUGCUAACAUUUUCCAAAGUGGGCUUAGUGGAUGCAGUUUUUCUCCAAGGAAAGCAGCACUUUUAACCAAUAAAAGCCCCUGAGCAGAGAUCUGCAAGGCCAGAAUGAAAAUCACCUUGGUUUUUGCUAUGCAACAUUCUGUAUUAAAGAAGUACCAGGACUCUCUGAAGGAUUCUGGAGACUGUGAGCACAGCACUGAGUGGGGGCCUCCCUAUUCCUGGACAAGGUAAAUCAUGUGUGUAGAGGAAGACUUUACAUGGCAGAUGCAGUAAGUGGGUCAGGUUAGGCUCCUGCAUGAGAAAAACAUGCUCUUCACAGCUCCUAAGUGUGAUGCUUGGGAUACACUUCUAGGCAGACAGUAGCCUUGGAACUGCAAAAGCAACCCACUGCAGAGGAGUCAUACCUGGAGAAGAGAGCUCAUGGCCUACUGCAUGCUGAUUGACGACUCAAGGCCGUUAGUCAACUGGUGUCCUAUGGCCAUACAUUUAUGCCAUUGCUGUACAAGAAAGUGGUGCUCUGGGGACGUGAUGUUAGCAAAGAAGAAGAGGGAGAACUUGCUUCAGACUGUAAGGAAGUGCAGGUGAACACUCUUUAUACCAGAGAACUGUCCUCCUGCUUUUUCCCUCAUUUGCAUCAAAGGGCACCACUCUUACAGGUAAGGCCUUGCCUAUGGGAAUCUGGAAGUUCAACUAACCUCCAGGCAACAUAAGGACACAAGAAGGGAUUCCACACUACUUAACAUGAGGCACAUGAUUCAGAUGCCUCAUCUGAAGCAAGUAUCUUCAAGGUCCUUCAGUGGUCAGCAGAGAAAGAGAGAUGCCCAAGUCAGAAGCAGACGUAUGAUUGAAACAGGACGAUUACCUGUCCAACUGCAGGAGGAACUUAGAAAAGCCUCUUCAUUUGGGUUCAGAUGCCUUAAUCCAGGGGGUGCAAAUACUCUUCUCCCUCAAGCCUUGUAGCAUCAACCACUGCAUCUGUUAGUUGUUAGUUUUUAUCCUAUCAAUCAGCUGUUAUAAUCUGCCCACUGUCUUGUGAUGUCAAUAGCCAAAAGACCCAAAACUAUCCCCACAGUAAACUUCGUUGCUUGGAAAUAAUACUCUUCCUUCCUUUUGUACUGUUUUACUGCACAAAAGUGGAAGCACCUUUUUAAUAUUAAAGCAGAAAUGAGUUCAGUGUGAUACAAACCCUGCUGUAACUGUGAUGUUGCUACUGCUGUAGCUUAAAUUCUUGCCCUGUUGGAAUUAUGUUUCUUUCUGUUUCCAUGUUAAUGAAGGGAAAUUAAUAAAAUCAGUGUCUGAAAAACAAUGCAAA